GUCCUGCCAAUUGUGGUUUUCUUCAGCACAGUAAUGUCUAUGCUUUACCACAUUGGAUUCAUGCAGUGGCUCGUUGGAAAGGUUGGUUGGAUAAUGCAAAUUUUCAUGGGGACAACUCCUGUUGAGUCUCUGGUAGCUGCGGGUAACAUAUUUGUGGGACAGACAGAGUCUCCUCUCCUGGUACGGCCCUACUUACCAUACAUCACCAAAUCUGAACUCCAUGCAGUCAUGACAGCCGGAUUCUCAACUAUUGCUGGAAGUGUCUUAGGAGCAUAUAUUUCUUUUGGGGUUUCCGCCUCCCACCUACUGACUGCUUCUGUGAUGUCAGCACCAGCAUCAUUAGCCACCUCCAAACUAUUCUGGCCUGAAACUGAAAAGCCUACAGUAACUCUGAGGAGUGGCCUACAAAUGGCAAAAGGUGAAUCAAAGAACCUGCUGGAAGCAGCCAGUCAAGGUGCCUCCACCUCUAUCCUGCUGGUGGCGAACAUCGCUGUGAAUUUGAUCUCCUUCCUUGCCCUGCUGGCUUUCCUUGACUCAGCCCUCUCUUGGGUGGGCAAUCUGUUUGACUAUCCACAGCUGAACUUUGAGAACAUUUGUGCUUAUGUCUUCAUGCCAUUCUCUUUCAUGAUGGGGGUAGACUGGGAAGACAGUUUUAUUGUUGGUGGACUACUAGGUUACAAAACUUUCUUCAAUGAAUUUGUGGCUUACGAACGCCUCUCAAAACUGAUUCACAACCGAGAAAAGGGUGGGAGCAUGUACAUUAAUGGUGUGAAACAGUAUAUGACUGUUCGCUCUGAAGUCAUUGCCACCUAUGCUCUUUGUGGGUUUGCCAACUUUGGCUCCCUGGGACUGGUAAUAGGAGGCUUGACAAGCAUUGCUCCCUCAAAAAAAAAGGAGAUAGCUGGUGGUGCUUUCAGAGCAAUGAUUGCGGGAACUGUCGCCUGUUUCCUGACAGCCUGCGUUGCAGGAAUGCUGACUGUCCCUGGUCUGGAAGUUCCUUGCCACAUCUUGUUAGGAAAUGCCUUCAACUCCACAGAUUUCCCUGCCAACAGCACAGAGCUAGUUGAAUGCUGCCAGAAACUCUUCACCAGUGUAAAUCAUUCACAAGAGAUCUUCCCUGGAGGAAACUACAACUUGAGUUCCUGGAAAGGAUGUUGCCAAAUACUGGAUCGACCUGCUUUUCCUUGCACUUGGAUUAAGCAUUAA